UGUGCUUGUUUAUGUGUGUGUGUGUUCUAGCCUCUCAAGUCCCAGGUAUUGGGUUCUAUGAAUCAGGUGGAGAGAGAGAGGGAGAGAGAGAGAGAGAAGGAUCCUACUAACGGGACUGCCUUCAGUCAGGACGCGGAUAGUGAGAGUGUCUGAUGUGACUGUGUACUUUGAACAAAGUGUCGCUAGCGUAACCAAAAUCUAGAUCUACUUUCACGUGGACUACACCAAUACCCUGAAGAAAGGGGGGAAACAAACGCUUUGAAAAAGCUCCUUGACUUCGUGUUACACCAAGAACGUUCAAAUUGAGUCGAGAACAUUCCCGAAGAUCAAGGUGAAGACUUGAAAUGAAUUUUGACUGCGCUGAAUAAUAAGCCUGAAAGCCUACACAAAGAACAGUAACUGAGACGCAAAGUUGUGUGAACUAGUUCAAGGGAAAGCAUCACCAACAACGAGAAAUGUCUCGGUCAAAUUCUUUUGUGACAUGUAUAGCCGUCACAUUAGUAGUUUUCCUGUCUGCCACUAUGUGUCGUGGUUUCUAUAACGAACAGUUUUUGGACCCCUGCAAGGCGUCCGGCUACCUGGGUGAUAUAGCCAUGUCAGACGAGGAGUACAGAAGCGUGUUAGGGCUGCUCUUGAAAAGCUCCAACGAAUCCGAUCACGACCUUCAAGUUGAGGACCCAGUAAUUCACACUGGAGAAAUAAAAACCAACACUGGCGACAAGAACGAGCUGAAAGAACUCGAGGACGACAUGCGCUCUCUGAAAAACAGCCUGCACAAAAAGCGGGCCGAGCUGAAAGGUAAAUGCCCAUUGAAAACAAAGAAAGACUGUAAAACGUAUAGGGCUGAGCUCAGAGGGAAGAUCAAAGAGACGAGAAGCAAGCUUAAGCAGCUAAAGAAACAGAUAAACAAGCUCCAAAAGAAACGAUCAGUCAAUAGUGAGAUGUCCAUUUCAGCUUUGCAAAAGUUGUCGGAUGAAAGGAAAAAGAAACACAGCGCAAAGAAAACGUCCAAGGCGUCAAGAGCGCGAAGAGCUGCCACUGCUAAGAAAGACAGACUCUGGGACUAUGGAGUGAUUCCUUUCCUUAUUGAGUCCAACUUCUCGGCUGCUAACAAAGCUUUGUUCCAGCUCGCCAUGAGGCACUGGGAGAACUACACCUGCAUCACUUUCAAAGAUAAAGAGCCGGAGGAUGAGAACUACAUCGUCUUUACAGAGAGGUCUUGCGGAUGCUGCUCUUUCGUGGGCAGGAGAGGCAAUGGCGCUCAGGGGAUCUCCAUCGGAAAGAACUGCGACAAGUUUGGCAUUGUCGUCCACGAGCUGGGCCACGCUGUUGGGUUCUGGCACGAGCACACCAGACCUGACAGGGACCAGCACGUGCAGAUUCUAUACAAAAAUGUCAUGCAGGGUCAGGAUUACAAUUUCAAGAAGCUGACAUCAGCAGACGUGAACUCCCUCGGAGAAACAUACGACUACGGCAGCAUCAUGCACUACGCCAGAAACACGUUUGGCCGCAGCACAUACCUGGAUACGAUCUUACCUACAAAAAAGCCAGGAGUAACUGUUCGACCAGAGAUCGGUCAACGUGUCCGACUCAGCCCAGGCGAUAUACGACAAGCUAACAAAUUGUACAACUGCCCCAGCUGUGGAAGGACGCUGCAGGAGUCUAAGGAUAAGUUUAGUCACGCCCCGAGACCAGGCCAGAGUGAGACUUGCCAGUGGCGAAUCUCCGCCACCCAUGGAGAAAAAAUUGUACUCAACAUCACGAAACUGGAUAUACCGAAAUCUUACAGCUGCGAAAACGAUUACUUGGAAGUGCGAGACGGACAUUAUAUAAAAUCGCCACUGCUGGGCAGGUUCUGUGGGGACAGUGUUCCAGAGACACUCACUUCCGGCACUCGCAUGUGGAUAGAGUACAAAUCACGUUCUGGAUUAGGAAACGGGUUCGAAGCCCAGUAUGAAGCCAUAUGCGGAGGUGACAUCGUCAAAGACGAAGGCUUUUUAUCGAGCCCCAACUAUCCCGAGGACUAUCGGCCAAUGAAAGCAUGCGUGUGGAAGAUCACCGUCUCCGAGGGUCUCAGCGUCGCCCUCAAGUUUCAGUCUUUUGAGAUUGAAAACCACGACGAUUGCCUGUACGACUAUCUCGAGGUGAGAGACGGACAAACCGAGAGCUCCCCUCUUAUCGGUAAAUAUUGUGGCUUUAAGAUCCCAGAAGAUAUACGAUCUACCGGUAGGCAUAUGUAUGUGAAAUUCUUUAGCGACGUCUCUGUGACAAAAGCUGGGUUUUUUGCGCGGUUUGUGAAGGAGCUGGACGAGUGUGAAGGCUCUGAUCACGGCUGCGACCACACGUGUAUCAACACGUUGGGCAGCUACAGGUGCGAGUGCAAAAUUGGCUACGAGCUGCACUCCGACGGCAAAAGGUGCGAAAAGGCUUGCGGCGGCUACAUCUACGCUGAGAACGGAACCAUAACAUCUCCGUCUUACCCAGAGCCGUAUCCUCCCAACAAGCACUGCGUGUGGAAGAUUGUAGCCCCCAACGAUCAUAAGAUCAACCUCAAUUUUACUCAUUUUGACAUAGAAGGGCACAAUCAGGGUUGCGAGUACGACUCACUCAGCGUGGACCGAGGCGACAACAGCAACAGUAAAGUCCACGAGGUCUUCUGUGGGAGUAUCAUCCCAGCUCCUGUCACUUCCGAGCACAACACGCUGAGGAUAGAGUUCAAGUCGGACAACUCUGUUCAGAAGUCUGGCUUCACCGCCACCUUCAUGACCGACAAAGACGAGUGCAUUGUUAACAAUGGGGGGUGCCAGCAUAUCUGCAAGAACACCAUUGGGAGCUACCAUUGUGCGUGUCACAGCGGGUUUUCCCUUCACGAAGACUUGCACGGAUGCAAAGAAGGUGGCUGCCAGUUUGACAUCAAAGCUCUGAACGGAACCAUCGUCAGCCCGAAUUAUCCCGAGUAUUAUCCCAGCAAGUCGGACUGCGUUUGGAAGUUCAGCACCGUCCUUGGUCACAGGAUACGGCUCAUAUUUCGAUCGUUUGAGGUCGAGCCCCACCAGGAGUGCACGUACGACCACGUCGCCGUUUUCGAUGGCGAGGACAGAAACGCUCCCAAGCUCGGCAUUUUCUGCGGAGCUGUUCUACUUGAUCCGGUCAUCUCCAGCGGUAACAAUAUGUUCAUGGUUUUCUUCUCUGACGCCUCCGUGCAGCGGAAAGGCUUCGAGGUAGCCCACGAUUCCGUUUGCGGGGCCACGCUGGAAGCCACGACCUCGCCGCAGACGAUUGUCUCCCACGCAGCUUUCGGAGACCACAACUACCGCAAUAAGGAAGAAUGCGAUUGGCUGAUUGAGGCCAAGGACGGCCAGAAUAUCCUUAUAACCUUCACUUCCUUCAGCUUGGAGUCCGAGAACGAGUGCCGAUACGACUACCUCAUCAUCUUCGAGGGCCCGCGAGACACUGACGGCAUUCAUAAAAAGCUGUGCCACGCAGAGCUUCCAGAGCCCAUAGUCACCAGGGGCUCGUCUGUGCUGAUCAGGUUUCGGUCGGACGAUACCAUCAGCAGGAAAGGGUUCGCCUUCACCUUUCAGAAGCACAUGCCCAGACCAGAAGGCGGGGAGGACGAGGACAUGGACUUUCAGUGGUGGUCGGAUGCUGCCAGGCCCAGAGACUCAGCAUGAUGGCAUCAUUCAACUUUUGUCUGAAUGAUCAGAUCGUUGUGCUCAGUAUCGGGGAUGUACGCCAUGUUUUCACUUGCGUAGUCUAGACUUCCGCGUUUAGAUCUGUGUGUCGUCACACCAGGCAAUAGAAAGUUAUAGUGACCCAACCUAGUUCACUAAUGACAUAAUAAAAUAUGAAUAGAAAAAAAAAGGGGGACGGUGUGCUGAAAUCUCUAAUGUGCUGAACAGUAAUGGAUUAUAUUAUUUUUCUAAUUUUAUGUAUUGGGUGAGAUGAAACAAAGUUUAUGUUUAUUUUUUAAAUAAAAAACUUUCUUAUAGUUUAAAAAAAAAGCACCUCCUGGAAUAAACAUUUAAAAAAAAACUUUCUUUUUUUGUAAAACAUUAUAAGAAACAUUUUUUGUUUGAAACCCCAGCAGUAACUUAUAAAAGAGCCAGUCUUCUACGUUGACUUUGAGGAUCGAGUUGAACUUUAAAUAUUUAUAACUCGUGGCUCGCAUCUGAUGCAGUUUAUGAAUCUACUUAUCAGCAGUUUUUUUUUUUUUUUUUAAUGUCCAGCAAUGCAUAAUAUCUGCACUUACAUACAAAUAUAGUUCACUUCCCUUCUCCUGUCUUCCUUCUCUCUUUUCCUUUCCCUCUCUCUUUUAUCUUGCCUCUCUCUUCUUUCUUCCUUCUCUCUUUUUUCACAAAACAUUUUUUUUAAGGAAACAUAAAUAUCUUCGAUUGGUUUUCACACUCAUAUACACACACACACUCUCUCUCUCUCCAUCCCAAUCUCCUUCUCUCACUCACUCUCUCUCUCUACUUUCUACCUCCUUGUCUUUUUCACUCUCUCUACCUCCUCCCUCCCCAUCUCUUACUCUCCCUCACCCUACCCCUCUUUCUCUUUCUUUCCCUCUCUAAGCAUCUCUCACUCCCUGAUUUUAUAUAUUUUUUAAAACUUUUGAAUAACCUCAUUAAACAAAGUAUCUAUUUUAUUGCUCAACAAACGUUUAAUGUGUCUUAGGCAGACAAAGUACAUUUAUAAUAUAGACUAUUAUGUGUAUAUAAUUAUCACUGAAUUCAUUGUUCUAUAUACCACAUCCCCUGUCCUAGUGUCCUAUGGGUAUAAAUAAUAUCUAGAUCUAGGUCUUUUUUCACUUACUCGUUCAGGCUCAGCUGUUUAUGUGUUAGGGAGUGUUCAUUGUAUAUUUUAAAAAAUUAAUUCAGUGUCAUUUUUAAAUGUCCCUAGGGAGUAUUUAUUGUAUAAGGGCAUUACUUUGUAUAUAGCCCAUAUCACACAAUCCAGUUACGUUGUAACUUAAUCCAGACGAUAUAUUUAAAUCAGGUGCUGUAAAGCACAUAGUUAUAAGCUUGUUUAUUCAAAUUGCGUUAUAGUUUAUAUAAAAUUAAAAUAAGUAAAAAAAAAAAGAAUUAUAUACCAUCAAAAGAUUGAAUACAAAUAAUUCACAAGUAGGCCUAUAUUAAAGAAAUACCUAAAAGGUCUGUCCUGUUCUGUAGCGAUGGCUAUAUAUUGCACUGGGUUUCAACCGCUUGCCUCAUACAACUUAUAUCAAGAUCUUUUUCGUCUUUCUAGCCUCUUGGUGGUGAUGAGACGCAAGGUCAGUUCUAUUUUUAGAUCGACAAAAAUGUUCCAGUACUAUACGGAAACCGGCAAAAUAGUAGGCCUGUCCAUUGUAUAUAUCAACGUAUAUCCUCAAUGAAAGCAGUUAGCUUGUAACUCUGUUUUGACUGAAGUAAAAAAUAAGUUAUUUCCCCUCUGUGCAACUCAAUACUGUAUGUUUCAUGUAACCGCAAAGCAAUUUUACUAUAAAAAGCAAUGACAAGAAGGGGAGAGCAUUACUAGAAAAGCUUUUCCUUACAUUUCCGAACAGUCGGAAAUUGGUUUAGCAGAAGUCUAAUGUUUGUUGGAGAAUUACUCCCGUUUCCUCAAAUUGCAUAUAAAACCUCCAUAACUUUGUGAUACAUUUUCAAGGCAUCAAUGAUGUUUAUUGGUGAUUUAUAUAUUUUUGUAUUUUUUGAAAAAUAUGAAUGUUUUUUUUAAAGUAAUAUGCAUUGCACCUCUACUGAAAUGUCGCGUAUGUGAAUAUUUAUGUUGUCAGUUGAAUGUCUUGAUGACCCUUUUUUUUUUUAUUAAAGGUCUAAAGUAUUGUGGAUGACUUAAUGCCCAGAGAGCAUUGAAUAAAAUUAAUGUAGACAAA